AUGGCGAGUCGCAGCUCAGCCGAGGUCGAUGAGCUGCUGGGCAGCUAUGAGAUGCCAAGCUCGCAGUUCUGGCCCGGGGGCUUCGACGGCGAAGUGACGCUGACGCAGGAGGAGCAUUCCAGACGGGACAAGAAGUCCACGGUGACCCUGAAGUUGAAGGUGACCACGCCGGAGUCGGCAGCGCCUCACCAGUUCGCCAGCGCUGUGAAGCCGGCAGAGCCAGGUAGCAACCCGGGAGCUGCCGCAGCACUCGAACGCUUCGAGGCCGAAAUGAAGGAGCUUCGUGCUCGCCUUCCCUUCCUCAAAGAAGCAGACUUCUCCUGGCACAUGCACGUCUUCGAGGCGCUUCGGGACGAGGACUGGCUGAUCCAGCGGGCACGCCUCGUCGUAUCAGCGCACAAGAUCUUUGGAAUCCCCGUCGGCGACAUCGCAGGACGCCUAUUUGAAGCGGUGUCCCCGAAGGGCAGCCCUGUCGGCAUCCUGGAGUGGGCGCAGUUCCUGGAGCGUUACCGCAACGGAGACUGGUACUCUUUGCAGGAGCGCAUCCAUCUCACCUUUGCCUUGUAUGACCUGGAUGGGGACGGUAUGCUGUCACUGGCAGAUGCCAUCAGCCUCUCGCGGGAGGUGGAGCGCCUGGAGUUGAUCUACGGCAAGGAGAGUUCGGCCAUGCCGGUCUGUGAGGAGAUGCGCUGGCUGUACGGCCUCAUCGCGAACGCUGCCGAUGGAGGGCACGACGGCGGGCGUCUGGACCUGCAGGUCUUCAAGCAGCUCCGUCCGAAUCCGUCAUUAACCCAAGUGAUGCUGAGCUGCAUGGACGCCAUGGCCCAGCAACAGACUUUGGCUCCCCGGCGCCCGAGGCCCGGGCCGGUGGACACCACGCCGACGCAGUGA